AUGAAGAGCGUUGUUUUGCUAAUUUCAUUUCUCCUUGCAUUUUGGUGUUCAUGCACUAGUGCUAGUCCUAACCCAGUGUUGCAGGUGGUGCGUGACAUUAAUGGUGAAAUUCUCAGAUCAGACACCAGGUACUUUAUCGUGUCAGUAAUACGAGGAGCCGGGGGUGGCGGAGUACUGCGAGGCCCCGUAAUUAAUGGAGACGCUAACUUCGUGUGUCCCUCCCAGGUGGUGCAGUCCAAGCUAGAUUCGAACAGAGGUAUGUCAGUGUAUUUCAAACCAAAGGCACCCGAACAAGUAGAAAUCAUUGAAUCGAGUGAUGUUAACAUUGAGUUUUAUCUUGACAAUCCAACUAUUUGUAAGAACAAUGUGUGGGAAGUGGAAGAUUUCCCAGGACAGGAUAAACCAAUGUACUUGUCAACGAACGGGGAAGCAGGAAAUACUAUGAAUGUGGCCUCAUGGUUUCAGAUUAAAGAAGUUGAUGGUUUCACUUAUAAGUUGGUGUUUUGUCCUUAUGGAGAGCACAUCUGCACUGACAUUGGCAUAGACCAUGCUUACGGACAAAGACGAUUGGCCAUAAGAACAGACAAUACCUUCCAUGUUGUCUUCAUUAAGGAUCCUUUCAUCGGAAUUAAAUCAAUUAUAUAAUUUCGUUUCGACCAAAUAAUAUCUAUCGAUUUCUAGAUCCUUUCCACUGUAUGUCAUGUCGUGUUUUUAUGUAUUGUCCAAAUAAAGCUACGCAUGUGUAGCCUCUGUCAUUGUAAAAGUGUUGCUAUUUUAAUGUAUGUGUGCCUUGUUUUA